AUGUCGAGAGGUCUACUCCAACGAGACGAGGCGAUUCCUCCGGACGAAAACGUUGGUCCGGUCUCCAUCUCGCUGACAGCCAUCCUCACGGCAUUUCUCGUCGUCACGACUGGUCUCCGACUCUGGGUACGAGCAGCGAAUCGAAAACUCGGCUGGGAUGACUGGACCAUUGUUCUCGCGGGUGGCACCGCCAUCGCACGAUUUGCCUUUGGCAUCAAACAGUCACAGCAUGGAAACGGACGACACCGAGUCUAUCUCAGCGACUAUGACUACAUGAUGAUCAACAUGUACGGAUGGUAUGGGCAGAUCCUCCUCUUCAUCGCGGUAGCUUUCCUUAAGGUCUCUAUCUCCCUUUUGAUCCUUCGAAUCAAGGACACGAAGGUGUUGAAGAUACUGCUUUACACGCUCAUGGCUGGAGUCUUGAUCACCAAUUUUGGCGUGGUCAUCAUCUUGAUCGCCGAAUGUCAGCCAGCCGGGUUCUGGCGAGGAAAAUCUGCGAAAUGCUGGCCUACGCAAAUCCGAAUCUACUCGAUCUAUGCCACAAUCGCCUAUUCCGUGCUAACUGAUCUGAUCUGCUCACUGCUUCCACUUUAUGUGGUUUGGAACGUCAACAUCCCCCGACAGACGAAGGUGUCUGUGUGCUUCCUGAUGGGUCUUGGUUUAGCAGCGACUGGCUUUGGUAUCGCAAGAGCUGCGUCCUUGGGAAUCUCGACGACGGAUCUCAGCUGGGCCUACUGUAUCGCCGGAAUCUGGUCGAACCUCGAACUCUUUCUCGGCAUCAUUGCUGCGAAUCUCGCUCUCUCCCGAUCCAUAUGGGUUCACUUCUUCGGCAGCAGUGAUUCCCACGCCAUCCCCGGAGGUUCGACCGGCCUUUCCAAUCCCUCCGAGUCGGGAUAUCUCAACAGCAAACUCCGGGGCGAUCGGUUCGAAGUUCCAUCUACAAUGAUCCGUUCUCGUAGGCGAAACUCAGAGACGAGAAGCUCCAAUAGCGAUAUUCCACUGGAACCGGGGAUUCAGAAAAAGACGGAGUUUUGGUGGACCGAAGACGACGAGAAUCAGCAGCAGAACACCUGCACAUUGAUGAAGCGAUGA